AUGCUCAAUACUCAAAUCGGGGUAUUGAUCUCCACGGAAGCCCCAAACCCGCGCCAUCGACCCACCACGAGAGACCCCCCAUGGCCCGGGGUGAUGGCUGUGGGACUUGGUGCGCCCGGAGAACUCAGUGGCUACAGAACGGGUGGGGAUUCUGCGUGUCUCCUGGAGCCUGAACCCCUUUCCUGGUUCUGGCCGGUAGCUGUCUCCAGGGCUAACGUGGGCAGCGCACGGGGGGCGGAAACCGGGUUUUAGCCAAAUGCCUCGACAUCGCCGCGCCUCCGCCUCCUCGUCGCUGAAAGAAAUGUCGGGGUUUCAUCAGAGCUAAGGAGCGAGAGUCGGGAACAGCGAGUCUGCUGAAGCCGGCUGUUGUGUGAGGGUGUGAGACGGCGGGGCGGUGGGGGGCCACCGCAGCUUGGGGGAUAGCGCGUGUGGGGUUGACCCAGUGUCUGCUUGAGAGGCUGGGAAGAUAUGGGGGGCAGGGAUGGGAGAAAUGCUUAGGCCUGAAGUCCCCAGCCCACCGUGCUCAAGAGUAGCGGACGUUUUGACACCGUCCUUGUCUGUGCUACUGUCUGCUGCAGCUUCCGUGCCUCGUUCUCCUGGAGCAGGCAAGACCUGGAGUGAGGUGCUUGGGUGAGCUCGGGAGAGCUUCCCCCUGCUCCACCUGUCCCGCGGUGCGCUUAGGCCAACGAGCCGGGCAGUGGGCUUCAAGCGCUGGUUUAGCCACAAAAGACCAGAUGGCGUAAAAGCGGCUUGCAUUCAAUUAGCAGUGAAGCUUGCGGGCGCUGGCGGGACAGGCGCGUGAGGCCACAACACAUGCGAGUAUCUUCCUUGGGCUAUGUUUCCUGCUCUGCCACACCGGGUCUGGAGAAGGGGUUUCAGCCCUAGGACAUUUACUGAGAGUCGGCGAAUAUUGGGAGCCGUGAUGUUCCCACUUCGGGCCCUGUGGUUGGUCUGGGCGCUUCUAGGAGGGGCUCGAGCAUGCCCUGAGCCGUGCGCCUGCGUGGACAAGUACGCUCACCAGUUCGCCGACUGCGCUUACAAAGAGUUGCGCGAGGUGCCAGAAGGACUGCCUGCCAAUGUGACCACGCUUAGUCUGUCCGCGAACAAGAUCACCGUGCUGCGGCGAGGGGCCUUCGCCGACGUCACACAGGUCACGUCGCUGUGGCUGGCGCACAAUGAGGUGCGCACCGUGGAGCCAGGCGCACUGGCAGUGCUGAGUCAGCUCAAGAACCUCGACCUCAGCCACAACUUCAUAUCCAGCUUUCCGUGGAGCGACCUGCGCAACCUGAGCGCGCUGCAGCUGCUCAAAAUGAACCACAACCGCCUGGGCUCUCUGCCCCGGGACGCACUGGGUGCGCUACCCGACCUGCGUUCCCUGCGCAUCAACAACAACCGGCUGCGUACACUGGCCCCCGGCACCUUCGACGCGCUCAGCGCGCUGUCACACCUGCAACUCUAUCACAAUCCCUUCCACUGCGGCUGUGGCCUUGUGUGGCUGCAGGCCUGGGCCGCGAGCACCCGGGUGUCCUUACCCGAGCCCGACUCCAUUGCUUGUGCGUCGCCUCCCGCGCUGCAGGGGGUGCCGGUGUACCGCCUGCCCGCCCUGCCCUGUGCACCGCCCAGUGUGCAUCUGAGUGCCGAGCCACCGCUUGAGGCACCGAGCACCCCACUGCGCGCGGGACUGGCGUUCAUGUUACACUGCAUCGCCGACGGCCACCCCACACCCCGCCUGCAAUGGCAACUUCAGAUCCCCGGUGGCACCGUAGUCUUAGAGCCACCAGUUCUGAGCGGGGAGGACGAUGGGGUUGGGACGGAGGAAGGAGAGGGAGAAGAAGGAGAUGGGGACUUGCUGACGCAGACCCAAGCCCCAACGCCGAUUCCCGCACCCGCUUGGCCCGCGCCCCCAGCCACACCGCGCUUCCUGGCCCUCGCAAACGGCUCCCUGUUGGUCCCCCUCCUGAGUGCCAAGGAGGCGGGCGUCUACACUUGCCGUGUACAUAAUGAGCUGGGCACCAACUCUACGUCAGUACGUGUGGCGGUGGCAGCAACCGGGCCCCCAAAACACGCGCCUGGCACCGGGGGAGAACCCGACGGACAGGCCCCGACCUCUGAGCGCAAGUCCACAGGCAAGGGCCGGGGCAACAGCGUCCUGCCUUCUAAACCCGAGGGCAAAAUCAAAGGCCAAGGCCUGGCCAAGGUCAGCAUUCUCGGGGAGACUGAGAUGGAGCCGGAGGAGGACAUAGGUGAGGGAGAGGAGGCCGAAGACCAGAUCCUCGCGGACCCGGCGGAGGAGCAGCGCUGUGGCAACGGUGAUCCCUCUCGGUACGUUUCUAACCACGCGUUCAACCAGAGCGCAGAGCUCAAGCCGCACGUCUUCGAGCUGGGCGUCAUCGCGCUGGAUGUGGCGGAGCGCGAGGCGCGGGUGCAGCUGACGCCGCUGGCUGCGCGCUGGGGCCCUGGGCCCGGCGGGGCUGGCGGAGACCGGCGACCCGGGCGGCGACCCCUGCGCCUACUCUAUCUGUGUCCAGCGGGGGGCGGGGCGGCAGUGCAGUGGUCCCGCGUAGAGGAAGGCGUCAAUGCCUACUGGUUCCGAGGCCUGCGGCCGGGUACCAACUACUCCGUCUGCCUGGCGCUGGCGGGCGAAGCCUGCCACGUGCAAGUGGUGUUUUCCACCAAGAAGGAGCUCCCAUCGCUGCUGGUCAUCGUGGCAGUGAGCGUAUUCCUCCUGGUGCUGGCCACAGUGCCCCUUCUGGGCGCCGCCUGCUGCCAUCUGCUGGCUAAACACCCGGGCAAGCCCUACCGUCUGAUCCUGCGGCCUCAGGCCCCUGACCCUAUGGAGAAGCGCAUCGCCGCGGACUUCGACCCGCGUGCUUCCUACCUCGAGUCCGAGAAAAGCUACCCGGCAGGCGGCGAGGCGGGCGGCGAGGAACCAGAGGACGCACAGGGGGAGGGCCUUGAUGAAGACGCGGAGCCGGGAGACCCAAGUGGGGACCUGCAGAGAGAAGAGAGCCUGGCGGCCUGCUCACUGGUGGAGUCCCAGUCCAAGGCCAACCAAGAGGAGUUCGAGGCGGGCUCUGAGUACAGCGAUCGACUGCCCCUGGGCGCCGAGGCGGUCAACAUCGCCCAGGAGAUUAAUGGCAACUACAGGCAGACGGCAGGCUGAACCUCGGCCCGUCCGGCCCGCCCAUUCCCGACCUCCACCUAGGGUGCCUGGGAGCAGUAGUCUAGGGCUGGCAGGACUUAUGUCCCCCGUCCCCAACUUUCACCUACUCCUCCCCCUUACCACUUCGCAACCUUGACUACUAGGGACUUCCAGUAGGGAGUGGGCCGAUUUCACCAGUCCCCGCUACCCACGGCUGCCAUUCUCCCUGCGGGCUGAAUCCCCUUACCCGCCAAGCACAGUGUUUCUCUUACCCCAUGCAAGACUCCACCCGCAGACGAUGGGAGAUAUCUAUGUUCCUCCAUUCCCAUCGCGAUUAUCUGCGAAAUCCGCCCCGCAGCCCGCCCCACCGUGGGCUCUGGAGCCAGAAGAAACGAGCGAAGACGUUGGAAACCUCACGGUAACGCCGUGGUUUCGGGGCCAGCCCGGGCCAGUGGAGGGCUGUGGGGUCGCACUUCGACCCCUCCCCCUCCCCCUCCCUUUCUUUGUUUUUCCUUUUUUUUUUUUUUUUUUUUUGACGGAGUCUCGGUCUGUCCCCAGGCUGGAGUGCAGUGGCGCGAUCUCGGCUCACUGCAACCUCCGCCUCCCAGGUUCAAGCGAUUCUCCUGUCUCAGUCUGCCGAGUAGCUGGGACUACAGGCGCGCGCCACCACGCCCAGAUAAUUUUUUCUAUUUGUUGGCCAGGAUGGUCUGCAUCUCUUGACCUCAGGUGAUCCAUCCGCCUCGGCCUCUCAGAGUGCUGGGAUUACAGGCCUGAGCUAUUGCGCCCGGCCCCUCCUCCCUUUCAAUCCGUACUCCCAGAAGCCGGGAUUCGUGGCAACCCCUAAUUUUUAGUUCCAAAGCCACCUCCCGGCAGGGAACCAAAUCCUUCUGUCCUCCCACCCCCACCCCACUUCUGGCCUGUUGGAGUCCAGCCCGGUGCCUGGGGCGCCUUUCAGCUCCGCGCUCAGAUUUUCCUGUUUUCGUUGUUUUCAAGACAGCGACAUUUCGGGUCUGGUGCUAACACCCCCUUCCCAGCCUCUGGGAAAAUCGGGUGUGUGUGUCGGGGGGUAGGGAGGGAAUGCGUUUUCUGUUGUCUCUCUCCUAACUUAAAGCGCCGCAGGACCGCGCGCCUCUUGGCGGCUGAGCGCGUGGACUUGGUCCCGGGCCAAUUUCGUUAUCCGUGUGUUGGGCUUUCCGGAGGUCUGUGCGCCCAACAGCGCCGCUCCUGCGGAUCCACCCGACCCAGACCCAGCUGGAAAGCGCCAGACGCGGAGGAAGCUGACUGUGGCCUCCCAGGCCACGGCUCUCGGGAGGGCUCGCGCCCUAGUUCGCACAAAGCCUGCGCGUGACUGUGCGACUGUGCGGUGGGAUCCGGAUGGAGCCGAGCCCCUCUGUCCUCUCGUCUCGGUCCUCGCGUCGCCCCGCCCCACCCGCCCCUGCUUCGGCGGGAAUCGUUGUUUGCCCGGCGUGUAGUCCCUGACAAGCGUGCCCUGUAGGAGAAAAGUCUGUGUCCUGUAAAGUGUGACCGUGUAGUGUAGGGGGGCGGGCGGGGGUGCAUAUGGGCGGGGAGGGAGGGAAGGGGAGGGGCGCGGCGCGGCAACUGGGGGCGGGGUUCUUUUUUCCAUUUUGAAAGAAAGCGUCGGGGUUGGGGUGGGGGGAGUUUCAGUCCUCGGGAUCUGCGGUCUUCGCGAAGCGCAGCACAAGCGCGGGCCUGGGACGGAGUAGCACCCGGAGCCCGUGCCCUUUUCUAAACGCGUCUGUAUGCAAACAGUCAAUAAAACAAUCGAUUUGA